AUGUCGAGAAUACUACACAAUCGUAUCAGAUCAUCUCUAAAAAAAUCAACAGCCUGGUCAUGCAUUGAUAAGCGAGCUGUAGCAUUUUCAAUAUGGACUGGCAAAAGUAUGAUACUUUACAAACCAAUUGACCCCAUUCAUAUUCCAAGAAGAAAAUAUGGUAUGCUUGUGGCAAGGGCACUUAGAGGCGUAUUGAAGAUUAGGUACUUGCUCCUGGGUGGAGCCGUGGGUGGAGGCAUGACAUUGAAUAAGAAAUAUAUAGAAUGGAAGGAUGGUCUACCUGAUAUGGGUUGGUUAAAUGACCUCCUACCAGACAAUGAGCAAUGGGAUCGUUUCACAACAACGCUAAUCAAUGCCAAAGACCGUAUUGGAGAUCAGUUACAAAUUGAUCCCCGGCUGCGGGAGGCUGGGCUGGAGCGCGCUGCAGAGUUCCGCAACUGGCUGGCACAGCGUUACGAAGACGCAGUAGCAGCGGCCGCCGCUAACAACAUCGAACCAGCUCCAAAGAUUGAGAAUAACUUAAAGAGUAGACCGCCGCCGCCUCCGAGUGGAAAAGGGUCAAGUGAAGAUGCUGCUGUUUAUGAAAAGAGAGUGCAUGCACUUCAAGAGGAAGUGUUGGCUCUUCAGGCUCGUUACCAGCGUGAACUGCAGCGCUUGGAGCAGGAGAACAGAGAGUUGAGGCAGCAGAACAUGCUAUUGAGACAGGGAAGGCAACCGCCGGCCAGGAAGUUGAAGCGGUCCCUGAUCGACAUGUACUCGUCGGUGCUGGACGAGCUGGCGGGCUGGGACUCGGGGGAGGCCGGGCGGCUGCCGCGGGUGGUGGUGGUGGGCGACCAGUCGGCCGGCAAGACGUCCGUGCUCGAGAUGAUCGCGCAGGCGCGCAUCUUCCCGCGCGGCGCCGGCGAGAUGUGCACCAGGGCGCCAGUAAAAGUGACGCUGUCGGAAGGGCCGUACCACGUAGCGCAGUUCCGGGACUCUGCGCGGGAGUUCGAUCUCAACAAGGAGUCAGAUCUAGCGGACCUGCGCAAGGAGGUGGAGCUACGCAUGCGCAACAGCGUGCGCGGCGGACGCACCGUGUCGACCGACGUCAUCUCCAUGUCGGUGCGCGGGCCCGGCCUGCCGCGCAUGGUGCUGGUCGACCUGCCCGGCGUCAUCUCCACACAAACAGUGGACAUGGCCGCAGACACGAGGGAAGCCAUCAAACAAAUGACGAAGCAGUACAUGGACAAUCCAAAUGCUAUAAUUCUGUGUAUACAGGAUGGCUCUGUGGACGCGGAACGUAGCAACGUAACGGACCUGGUGGUGUCGUGCGAUCCUCAAGGCAAGCGGACCAUUUUCGUCUUGACCAAAGUUGAUCUGGCCGAAGAAAAUCUUACAAAUCCUAAUAGGAUACGUCGCAUUUUAGAUGGCAAGCUGUUCCCAAUGAAAGCGCUAGGUUACUACGCGGUGGUGACUGGCCGCAGUCGCAAAGACGACUCUAUACAAAGCAUCCGGGAGUACGAGGAGAGAUUUUUCCGCUCCUCCAAACUUUUUAAGGAGGGUGUGGUGACGCCGUCCCAGGUGACGACGCGCAACCUGUCGCUGGCGGUGGCCGAGUGCUUCUGGCGCAUGGUGCGCGCCACGGUGGAGCAGCAGGCCGACGCCUUCAAGGCCAUGCGCUUUAACCUCGAGACUGAGUGGAAGAACACCUUCCCCAGGCAGCGGGAGCUGGACCGGGACGAGCUGUUCGAGCGCGCGCGUGCCGAACUGUUAGACCAGAGCGCCGAGCUGUCGGCCGUGCCCGCGCCCGCCUGGGAGCAGCGCCUCAGCCAAGCGCUCUGGGCCGCAGCCUCCGACAGGAUCUUCGAGGGCAUCUACCUGCCUGCUGCCGCACACGCGCACGAAGACGUCGAUAAGUUCAACACGUCAGUAGACAUUAAGUUACGCGAGUGGGCAGAGAACGAGUUGCCAACGCAGUCGAUCCUGGCAGGCCGGGAGGCGCUCAAAGAGGAGUUCACGUGUCUAAUGUCGCAGUCCGUGGACUCGGACGCCGUGUACGAACCGGUUAAGAAGGCUGCCGUGGAGGAGGCUCUCAGCCGGCACACGUGGGAGGAGAGGGCGCAAGAUGUGCUCAGAGUACUACAGCUGAACGCCCUACAAGACAGAUGUGUGCCAUCCCGUUCUGACUGGGAUUCUGCUGUCUCCCUCAUGGAGGCCGCAUUGAAAGAAAGACUCAAUUCAGUCGAUAAAGAACUAAAGAACCUCACAGGACCUGGCUUCAAGGAGAAAUGGCUGUACUGGCAGUCGAGCAGCGAGGAGCAAAGGCGGAGGGCUGAAGUCCGGAACGAGCUGGAGAGGCUCGGCUCCAGCAGGCCCGGCCUCACGUACGAGGAGUUGGUGGCCGUGCGGGACAACUUGCGGCGCAGGGGCGUGGAAGUCGACAACGAUUACAUACGAGAGACCUGGAAACCGGUCUACUUGAAAAAUUUCCUGCAGCGAGCGCAAACAAGAGCGCGCGACUGCAAAAAGAGUUUCUACUUGUACAGUCAACAGAAUGGAACUGGGAAAGAGUGCUGCGAGGUGGUGAUGUUCUGGCGCGUGCAGGCCACGCUGCGCACGACGGCCAACGCGCUGCGCCAGCAGAUCGCCAACCGGGAGGCUGCGCGUCUGGACCGCGACCUGCGGGAGGUGCUGGACGAGAUGGCAGCAGAUCCAGAACUUAAGAAGAAACUGCUCUCCGGCAGGAGAGUGGAACUCGCUGAAGAACUGAAGCGAGUGAGACAAGUACAAGAGAAGUUAGAAGAAUUUAUAGAGGCCCUUAAUAAAGAAAAGUAG